AUGUCGUCUGACCAAAAGGUGGAAGACCUAAAAGCGCAGAUCGCGAAUCUGCAAGCUCGCGUUGAGAGACUCGAGUCUGAGAAACAUGGCAACGCCGGCUCGACGAGCUCGACGAGCUCCGAAGCAAUGCGCAUGAUCUUGAUUGGCCCGCCAGGAGCUGGCAAAGGAACGCAAGCUCCUAAAAUCAAGGACAAGUACUGUGUCUGUCACUUGGCUACUGGUGACAUGCUUCGAGCUCAGGUCGCGAAGAAGACUCCUCUCGGUCGAGAAGCGAAGAAGAUCAUGGAUCAAGGUGGUUUGGUCAGCGACGACAUCAUGAUCAACAUGAUUAAGCAAGAGCUGACAACCAACAAAGACUGUCAGAAUGGCUUCAUCCUGGACGGCUUCCCUCGAACUGUGACCCAAGCAGAAGGUCUAGACGAAAUGUUGCAGAAAGAGAGCAAGCCGCUCAAGCAUGCGAUCGAGCUACAAAUAGACGAUCAGCUGUUGGUCGAUCGAAUUACUGGUCGAUUGAUCCAUCCAGCCUCUGGCCGAUCCUACCACAAAAUCUUUAACCCACCAAAGGAGUCAAUGAAGGACGAUGUCACAGGCGAGCCGCUAAUACAGAGAUCCGACGACAACGCAGAGGCUCUCAAGAAGAGACUGGUCACUUAUCACCAGCAGACUGCCCCUGUGGUAACAUAUUACAGAAAGAGUGGAAUCUGGUCGGGUAUUGACGCCAGCCAAGAUCCUGGUGCUGUCUGGAAGAGCAUCUUGGGCAUCUUCGAUGCGAAACCUCAGUCGAGCACCAUCCUUGGAAAGCUCGGUCUCAAAUAA